CCAAAUCACAAGAUACAAAUUCCCUCGAGGAAAGAGAGAGAUAAAGAAAAUGGUAUUCUCCUCCAACCCAUUAGCUCUGAGCGUACCCGACCCGGAUUUUGAGUCUUGGCUCCGAAACAAAGGCUACCUCGAAAUCCUCGACCAACGCACCUCCGACCUCCACCGUCUUUCCACCUCCACUUCCGCCGCCGCCGCCGUACGAUCCUCCCCCUCUUCCUCCUCCUCCAUCACCAUCGCCACCACCACCACCAUCAUCCCCUAUGGCCUCUUUAUCUCCCUCUUUUCCCACUUAAAAACUCUUUUCUCUCUCCUCACUCUCAACCCCUUCUCUAAGCUCACCUCCGACGACUUUUCCGGCGACAUCCCUUCUUGGACCAACGCUUUUAUUGGCUCCUUCAACUCCUACUCCUUCCCCACCUCGCCUGCCCAGGCCCGCCUUCGAGCCCACGAGAAUGUUAAACGCUUUGCUCGCAAUUAUGCCUCCCUCUUCAUCCUCUUCUUCGCUUGCUCUCUGUAAAUUUCUGAACUCACCCGCUAUCUUC